AUGGAUGACAUAAAUACCGAAAGAAAAUCAAGAUCUACGCAUUCAAAAUCACGCUUUGGAUGUGUAACUUGCAAGGCGCGACACAAAAAGUGUGACGAGACUCGCCCGGCAUGUCUUAGAUGUAUUAGCUCCAGAAAGCUGUGUGGGGGCUACGAGAUUGUCAUUGACAAACGGUCACGAACUUGGCGUGACUAUGAAGCCGCCGAUGUGGCCAACAGUCAGAGCGUGGUAGCCCCGCGAAGCCACGCACGAAAUCUCGGGCCAUCUUUCAGUGUGAUGCGAUUACCUCUCAUUUCUACUCGGACCUACCUCACAUGGAAUGAGCGAUGGUAUCUAGACUACUAUCGCAAUUGCGUUGCGGUACGACUCGCCAACUACUAUGACUCUCCAUUUUGGAAUCGCUUUGUGCUCCAAAUAUGCGACCAGCACCCUCUGGUCUGCCAUGCUGCAGUCGCUGUUGGGGCUUAUUACCACCAACUGGAAAGAGUUCGUUGCGGCGAGAAAGUGGGUCAAGAAUCCCUUCUCGCUCUUCAUCAUUCUACAAAAGCGAUCAGUUACCUCCGAGAAACUCUGGCACAGGAAUCUUCAGCCUCGAAAGGAUCUUCUGUGGGCAAACCAAGUAAUCUCCACAAAGAGCUUGUCCUAGUGACAUGUGCCAUAUUUGCAUUCCUGGCUUUCUUACAGGGCGAUACUCUUACCUUCCGUUCGCAUUUGAUCUCCGGAUACAAACUUUUUAAGCAAUGGGGAAUUGACAAAAGAAGUGUAUCCGGGCUUUUAUUGAACCGAUUAUUCGCCAGGAUUCAUAUACACUGGGUUUUCUGCAGCGACCCUCAGUUACUCGAAAAAAUGCCCGAAGGAGCUCAAUGCUUCCUUGCCGAGUAUUCAGUAAUCUUUGAGAAUCCGGCCGUUAUGCGAAAACCCACAUCUGUCUUCACGCCCAUUGAUCAACUGGAUCGAGUUCAACAAUUGAUAGCCUAUUUCAAUGGGGUCAUGCUACACGGCACACAUACGGAUUUUGAGAUUGAACCCGCAGGUUCUCUCAGCCCUGGCUCAACGGCGAUAUUGAUCAAGUUCCAGCACUGGAGGACUGCAAUCACGGAAAUUCUCAACGAAUCCAAAUACAUUGCGCCAGAAAACAGUGACUAUCUCAAAUUAAUCACUUUCUGGGCCGAAAUGAUUGGAAUCAAGGUCGCUGUAGCCCAGUCUCCCGAACCAAAUGAGUUGUUAUUUGAUGAUCACUUGGAGCAAUUCCUACGGGCGUCUAAAAUGGCCCAAGAGUUGACAGAACCGAGCUCGAACCUUGACAAACUGUCCCCGAGGUUCUACGAAAUCUCCCUCGUCCCUGUAUUAUUAUGGGCCGGGGCCAAAUGCCGCAAUUGGCUAGUCCGUCGAACUAUCUGCAACACACUGCGGAAUUUAGCUGGGGAUCACUACUUGGUGUACGCAAUAAAUACUGCUUUGAGUAGACUAAUAUCGCUCGAAUCAGAUGGAGUCAAACGAGGGGAAAUCAUUCCGAAAGCUGCUCGUUUCGAUUCUAUCAACUUGAAGACCAACCGUGAAGAAUCGACUGUUGAACUGCGGUAUCGCAGACCUCCCACGUCAACAAAAAUCGAUGUUCAUGAUCACUGGGGAUCCGACUUGAUGUACUAUGAGCCUUUUCAAGAAUACAACUAA